GCCGUUUCCUCCACCACUCGCCGCACCCUGGCACCCUGGGUAGACAACCCGGGGCGCGCUGGAUAACUCCGGACAUGCCCAUAUUGCUUUGUAGGGGUUGAUAGGCAUGACUCGUUCGUAUCUACGUUAGGUGCCUAGGCUUGCCCGACCAGAUACAGUACUUAUCUUGGGCCUAGUGGGCAUCGUUCGAGUUUGUUGAUGCUAUUUCUCGCUUCGCGCUUAUUCAUGGCUUCCAUUGGCUAUUUUGGAACCAUAGCCGAAGUCCAGCCACUGCUCAAGCACACAGGCCGCCAACACCCUCUCAGUCCGCAUUGAACUGCUCACUAUUGAUCUUGCUUGCUUACAGCGAGCGCCUGAAUUGUGUCGUCCAGCAGUCUAUGCCGUUCAACGAAUUAUCAUAUUAAUCUACAGAGAAGCGCUUUGCGUGCUUCCCGCUCCUCCCUUGCGUUAUCACGCCCUUGCGAUCUCUUCCGACGAAGCCCAUCCUUAGUCCACGAUACCGGCAGAAGCAGAACCGGCCGCAAGUCAUCGGCGGUGUGGUUUCAGGCGUCAUGCGCUGACGAGAUAGUGCAUUGGCUGUCGUUGACUGGUGGCCGUACUGUCGGUUGCAUUGCUGCACGAGGUCGGACCCUCAAUCCAACUGCGCCGGCCGCUUUGCGAGCACAUCUGGUUCGAGUUCUCAAGAUAUUUGGCUACAGGACCCAAGAAGAAGGAUGAUUGAUCCGGCUUUGCUGUAAUAGCAACGAUCACAUUGGAAGAUUCCGAGGCGCGGCCUGUCAGAUCGAGUGGGAUCGAUGAAUAGCGUCUCACCGGACAAUGGUCUCGAACAACCAGAUGAUGGAUAAUCAGCGACAACAAUAUAUACCCGGCCCGCCGCCGCCUCCAGUUCAAGGAAUUCUGAGCCAUCUGCCGCCCCCUCCGCCUCGACCACACCCAGGGUCAAACCUACCCCCUCCACCUCCUGGGCCACAUCCAAACUCAUUGCCAUUGGGGACGGUGUAUGGCCUACCCAGCGGAGGAUGGCAGCAACAACCAUGGGGAAGACCUGGCUUAGGUCAGAACAUACCACCACCACCUCCUAUGUCGCAAAACCAAAACUUACCAUAUGGCAUGAGGCAGCCCUCUCAUCUCAACAUUCCCCCGCCACCUCCCCAAAAUGAUAAGCCCAUACUUUCAGCGACGUUCAUUCCGACAGGCGACUCUUUUGGCCCCGGCGUGGGAAUACCGCCGCUUGACGACUUUUCAUCUUUCUCCGGAUAUGACAUGCAAUUCACAAACGAGCCAUCGCUCUCGCAGUCAGAGAAGCAUGCCGAGGGUACGGCCAGUUCGCACAGUUAUUCAUAUCCAAAUCCUACCCACCCAAAUCCGGACAUUGCCAAUAGAGAGGCCCGGGCUGCUUCGGCUUCUUCCGGCAGGCCAUCAUUUACACUUCCUCUUCGCGAUGCCAACGAACCGAUAUCUCCAGGACCUCCCACGGCGACGCUACGCGAUCCACAGAUGGGUGGAGAUCACAAUCGCCAGCGGGCUUACAGUGCAGCUAUUGUAAGUGGCGGUGCAAGCGAAUUAUCCCUGCAAUGGCCCUUGGAUAGGGUCCUUAUCUGGCUUGCCGCCAACGGAUUCUCCAAGGAUUGGCAGGAGACCUUCCGGCUGCUCAAGUUACAAGGCUCGGACUUUCUGGAUCUGGGUCGUGGCCCAAAUGGUCGCGGCAAUCUGGGGAUGAUGCACCAAACGAUAUAUCCGCAAUUAGCCAAGGUCUGUUCUAAUAGUAGUACGGGCUGGGACCAAGGUCGAGAACGCGAAGAAGGCAAGAGGUUGCGAAAACUAAUUUCGAGACUGGUCGAGCAGGGGGGUGAAGGACCAGCCAGUGCCGGCACUGGCCAUCGCAGACGCGAGUCUGGACUCAUCCCAAGCGCCUCCACGGAAGGUACGGUAGAGAACUCGCCUCAUCUACCUCGAGCGGAGUUUAACAGCACACCUGGGACUGCAGGGCCUGAAGGCAGCCCAGGAAAGGCAAUGCCAGCUCAAUUUCCCCCAGGACUGGGCCCGCGAAACUCUCAGGGCCGAAGCAGUACAAUGCCCGUCUUCAGCAAACACAAUAGUAAUUCUUCAACCCCAAGCGACGGAAAACCACCAGAGAGUCUUCAUGGUGCCGGUCGUGCAGACUACACGAGGGGCGUUCUCACUGGUAUCAAUAGUCGCGGUCGCCACAGUCCCAACUUAUCCGGGGACGGUUCCACUGGUCUGUUGCCUAAAGGUUUUGAGGCAUCACCAAGCGCCAGCCCGGGUCUUGGAAAUGCAGUGCCUGCUUCGGCGACCAGUGCGUCCUCUCAGACAUAUCGUCCUGAGCACAAUAAGAGCAACAGCACCGACUCCAUGCUCAAAGUAUCCGGCCCUGGCAGGGGUGGACCAGGAAAUCCCGAGGCCACGCAUUCAGGGCGCUUUUACGCGGAUCGACGCGACGCUCAAGAAAUGGCAAGGCCGUCUCCCCUCGACACGCACCGAACGUGGAGCAAUGACUACCCGCCGGGCGGAAAAGAUCAAAACAAGGGGUUCUUGAGCAAGUUCAUGAGAAAGAGACAUGAGCAUAGCCAGCCUCCUCCAGAAGAUCAUGCUCUAGAAUCUCCAACGAGCCCCGGAGGGUUCCGUUUGUUUUCCAAACCUAGCGCGAAUGGGAGUGACUCAGCAUUGCAGCAGCGUCCAGCUUCCACUAGUCUGGCCAGCGCGGACGAGAAGGCAGCCUACCCGGUGCGACGCGGAAACAAUCCACCCCGGAGAUACAUCUUUGUCACUCCUGAUUCAUGGAAUUACCGCCUUGUUGAUGUCACAGACGUGGAAUCCGCAGUCGCCUUGAGAAGCCUGAUCUGUAUCGAGCUAGGAAUUGCCGAUGCUGAGUAUGCACAGAUCUUCCUGACCGAACCUGGGCAAUCAGAACACGAGAUCCCGCUUUCGGACAACGCCCUCGUAUCUCUACGUGGUCGGACGGACAAUUCAGGAAGCUUGAAGUUAUUUGUGCGGAGUCCGACAGUCUCAGCUGUUUCGGGGCCCAGCUCCACUGGAUUAGGAGUUUUAUUUGCCCAGCGAGAACAGACUGAAGCAUAUGCACGUGGUGCACCCAUGGUAAAGUCUAACUCAGCCGGAGGUGUGAAUCGUAACGGCUACGCCUCUACUCCGAGCUCCGCGUUAGAUCAACCUUCGGCAGAUACGAGUCUGCUACAAAAGCAAGCAGACGAGUAUCGUCGACAGACGGAGGCUAAACACAGGGCAUAUUUGGAGUCUCGCCGAGCCCAGAAGGAACAGGGUUCAACCUACAGUGGUGGUGGGAUUCGUGGAAGCACGGUGAUCGACUUUGACAGUCCGCGACUGUCGCCAUUCGAGGACAAGAAAGUUGAACCGCUAGUGCCCGUUCGGCGACCACCUACAGCACCAUCCGAGUCCACCACUUUAACCAAGGUCAACUCUCUGAGAGCACGAGGGUCCGGCACUCGGUCUUCGUUGGAUGCCCUGAAACGCAUAUCCGAUCCUAUCGCGGAGGAAGAUGCCAACCGAGUGAAGAAAAAGUCUAGCUCUUCCGCUAUUGCAUCGGCGGGUAUCGGUGCUGCACUAGCAAACGUGGGCAGAAUGGCAGGUGCGCCGGCUUCGGUUGGGAGUCAAGGAGUACCACAGGACAGAAACAGAGGGCCGCAAGGGGUCGAUUUCAGCCAAAGGGGCUUCGGAAGUUUCCCAGAAUCCCGGCAAUCGACCUCUAUUGUGGAUAGUAUGCACCAGGUUGCAUCAUCUCGUGAGAUCAGCCCUUCAGAUGCCACAGCCCGGCCAGUCCUGCAGACCAGAAAGUCCUAUGGUCCAGAUUUUGACUCCGAGGAGACCAACGUCUUGUUUGCUCCCUCUCCCAAUCCGCUGAAACGGAAUGACUCGGAUGACGACUCUGAUGAUGGCCUGUUCGCCAUUCCCCUAACCAACAAGUCACUUCCGAAAGUCGCCGGUCAGGCUUCUACCGGGAACAAAGAUCAAAGGCCUGCAUUGACUGUCGACACGGAUCAUCAUGCAGGUAAAAAUGUACGGUUCAAAUCACCCGGCUCUUCUGGUGGUGUAUCCCUGAACCAAAACGUUACAGAAGAUAGCGCUACAGCCAGUGGUGAGGGCUACGAGCGCAGUCUGUCUGAGGGCAGUUUCAGUGGUUCUGCGCAAUCUCCCGACGACACCAGGUCAGGUCGAAGAGACUCCUUCAUCAGCGACAUCUGGGCAAAUCGUCCUGCGGUCGAGAAUGUCGUCCAUCAUCUCGACGAAUUCUUCCCCGGGGUCGAUCUUGACAGGCCAUAUCUUGAGGAAAAGGGUGAUAACAAUUCGCCAAUGAGGCCUGUCGAUCAGGAUCCGAUGGAGAGCGCCCAGACUGCUUCAGCAGCGCCGACGACCUACGGUACCUCUGGCUUGGAUCUGGAGUUCAAACGCAAGAGCGACUCAGAUACCCUGGGAUCUGAUGAAUCCACACUCAAGGCACGAGACCGGAAUAAGGUGGCCAGCGUCGCACAGAGACAGGUCGGGAAGGCCACUGGGGGCAUUACACGCAUGAAAUCAAUCCGUGAAGUCGCUCAGAAGCGCAACGAUAUCAGGAGAGGACCAUCGGUGGCGCAACGGGUUGAGCAAGCUAAUGCAAGCAGCAUUGUUCGCCGCAAGAGUACGAAGAUGUUCGGUGCCAACAUUGUUCAAAUCAAACCUAGACCAGGCAAUCGACUAUCGACAUUGGACCCCAUACCACAGGAAGAGGUACCUUCAGAGGAUAUGCCUAAGCGACAAGCCACUUUCAAGAUCAUCCGUGGUCAGCUGAUCGGUAAAGGCACAUAUGGCCGCGUCUACCUUGGUAUGAACGCGACGACUGGUGAAUUCUUGGCUGUAAAGCAGGUUGAAGUCAACCACAAAGCUGCAGGGCAUGAUAAAGAACGGAUCAAGGAGAUGGUGGCUGCCUUGGAUCAGGAGAUUGACACCAUGAAAGACCUCGAGCACCCAAACAUUGUCCAAUAUCUGGGCUUUGAGCGCAAGGAGUUUUCGGUCAGCAUAUACCUCGAAUAUAUUCCAGGUGGUUCUAUCGGCAGCUGUCUUCGCAAACACGGAAAGUUCGAAGAGUCAGUGGUUCGGUCCCUUACACGACAAACACUUGAAGGCUUGGCUUACCUCCAUCAUGAAGGAAUCCUUCACCGAGACUUGAAAGCUGAUAACAUCCUGCUGGAUCUUGAUGGAAGCUGCAAAAUUUCCGAUUUUGGCAUCUCGAAGAAAUCAGACAACAUAUACGGCAACGACGCGACCAAUAGUAUGCAAGGAUCUGUUUUCUGGAUGGCUCCCGAGGUGGUUCGAUCGCAGGGCCAAGGUUACAGCGCCAAAGUCGACAUAUGGUCCUUAGGCUGUGUAGUCCUGGAAAUGUUUGCCGGAAAGAGGCCUUGGAGUAGAGAAGAAGCAAUUGGCGCGAUCUUCAAGUUGGGAAGUCUCAGUCAAGCGCCUCCUAUACCCGAAGACGUGCAAUCAACUGCUACAGUGGAUGGCUUGAACUUCAUGUAUGACUGUUUCCAAGUGAACCCAAGUGACAGGCCUACUGCAGAGACACUCCUACGACACUCAUCCUUCUGUGUUCCCAAUCCCUAUUACAAUUUCUAUGAUACUACUUUGGCCGCGAAGCUCAGAAAUGCGGAUGGCGCCGGACUCGGCGCAUGAAAGGUGUUUGCAUUGUAUACUCCGCCGUGUUUCAGCGGGCGUAGGUGCGUGGGCCUACAUGAACAUCGAGGUUGAUUUACGAGGAAUUUGGCGUGGCCCUCAUACACAGCAGACAAACUGCGUUCUACGAUUUGAUGAUUCAACGAGAAACUCCAGUGUAUGAGUAUACUAUUUGACACUAGGUGAGGGCGUAUAGCGGAAGCUGCAGUUGGAUUUCUUGGAUACGAGAAGAGUCUGGUCGCUGGGAGACAGGAAAUUAGGUAACCCAUUUGGAAUGUUGAAAAGUUGCCGGCCACA